UAAUCAAUAUCUUGCAUUUGCCAGGCCAAAACCAUAAAAUUCAGUUUCACCAACACUCCCUAGCUUUGUAGGUGAGCCUAAUAUUUUUUCAAAUAGAAUAUUAUUUAAUAUAUUAUUUUAAAAUAAUAAUAUAUCAGGAAAAAACUCACUGUCAGCGCUGCCGCCGUCGCAACUGCCAUAUCCUCUCCAGUAUAUUACAUCAUAGUUAGAUCCUCCUCAGUCCCAAUAUCUCUUUCUACUCCAACUCCAAAUUCAACCUCAAUCCAUCCCCGGGGUACCAAAUCUCCCCCAUCCUCCAUGUCCCUCACGACCCCGGCCGCCGUCCUCACCGCCGCGCAAGACGGCGGCGAUGUCCGAAUUCACGUUGUGAUGUUCCCAUGGCUGGCCAUGGGCCACCUCAUCCCUUUCUUCCAUCUCUCCACCCGCUUAGCCCAACUGGGCCACCGCGUCUCCUUCGUCUCCACACCCCGCAACCUCCGCCGCCUCCCUAAACCACCCGCCGCUCUCUCUCCCCUCAUCUCCCUCGUUUCCCUUCCCCUCCCCCAAAUCCAUAACUUACCCCCCGACGCCGAAUCGUCCCUCGACAUCCCUCCCCACAAAUCCCAGCUCCUCAAACAAGCCUUCGAUUUGCUCCAAACACGCUUGAUCGCCUUCCUCCGGACCGCCGCCGCCGACUGGAUCCUCUGCGAUUACGCCUCCCACUGGCUCCCUCCGCUCGCGGCGGAGCUCGGCGUCUCCUCCGCUUUCUUCUCCCUCUUCACCGCCGCCUGCCUCGCCUACAUUGGCCCGCCCUCCCGCCGCGACUCCCGAUCGACGGCGGAGGACUUUGCCGCCGUACCCGACUGGGUCCCCCUCGAGUCCAACCUCGCGUUUCGCCCCCACGAGGUGAAGAAGAUCACGGAGAGCGCCGGCGAGAACGAAUCCGGCACGUCGGACACGGUCCGAUACACGGUCACGGUUCGGGACUGCGACUUUGUUGCCAUCAGAAGCUCUCCCGAGUUCGAACCGGAGUGGUUCGAACUACUCGCGCAACUUUACCAGAAACCGGUCGUUCCGGUUGGGUUCCUCCCGCCGGUGGAGAGAGAUGAGGACGACGAGAGAUGGGUCGAGAUUAAAGAAUGGUUGGACCGGCAGCGACCUGACUCUGUCGUCUACGUUGCGCUAGGAAGCGAGGCGACUCUGAGCGGAGAACAGAUCACCGAGUUGGCCCUUGGGCUUGAGCAAUCGCGGUUGCCUUUCCUCUGGGUGAUAAGGAAGCCGAACGAAUCGACCCGGGACUGCUCGGCGCUGCCAGAGGGGUUCGAGGAGCGAGUCGAGGGGCGGGGAAUGGUUUACGUGGGCUGGGCCCCGCAGGUGAGGAUACUGAGUCACUGGUCGGUGGGAGGUUUCUUGACUCACUGUGGAUGGAACUCGGUGAUCGAGGGACUGGGACUCGGGCGAGUUUUGGUUCUGCUGCCGGUGAUGAAUGAUCAAGGGCUGAACGCGAGGUUGUUGGAAGGGAAGAGACUGGGGGUGGAAGUGGAUAGGGAAGAGCGAGACGGGUGGUUCAGCCGUGACUCGGUGGCUGACUCGGUGAGGCUGGCGAUGGUGGAAGAGGAGGGGGAGGCGGUGAGGGUGAGCGCGAGGGAGAUGAGGGGUGUGUUCGGAGACGCGGACAAGAACGACCGUCACGUUGGCAGUUUUGUCCGUUACCUCGUGGACAACAGGGGGUCCAGGCUGAGGCGGGAAGGAUAACUGAAAAUAAAAAAAAACAAAAAUGACGCCAUGUUCUUCCCAAUUUUAAUGUAUACUAUUCCCAAGAAAAUAUCAAAAUAAUUCACCCAAAAAGAAAACCAAAAAAAAAAAAAAAAAAGCUUUUAAGAUUUAGGAAUUAGUCUUUGGGAUUUAUUCAUUAAAAAUUUGCAUCAUAAAAAAUUUAGAAUCAAUUCAAUUAUCUUUUUUUUAAGGUAUAUUUAAAAAUUAAAAAUAUAUUCAAGAUCAUUUUAUGUAUUGAGCGGGUGAGUAUUAUUGAAAAAUAAAAGCAUAAUCAUUUGAUA